ACCGGUUGUUCGACGGCCUCUCCCAUCCCCCUCCUUCGUGGAGUUAGUUUUUCCUUCUUUCCACAUCUCCACUCAAUUCUUUGUUUCAAAAAGUUCUCUCUCCUUUCCUUCUCGGUUCAUAGACUUUUUACGCCGGUUUAGACUAGAUUUUCGUUCUCCACCUAUUCUCUUUCCUUCCUUCUGACACCCUUCGACUCGCAUCUCAUAUUUGCGUCGCGCUUCUGCUUCACCGAUAACCUGAGGGCCCUUGUUCUUGAUACCACCAUCACACGGAUUGCUUCCCAUGCCGGGAGUUUUGGACGCCACGAGUCCCACAUCCUCUCCUCGAUCUUCGACCAAUCAACCUUUAGAAAUGUUGCUCACGGAUGCUGCUAUUUCCGAUUACCUCUCGGCUGUCUUUUCUGCUGAUUCAUCUCAAGGCUCCCUUGAUGCCGCUCUGGCCUUAUGUAGCGCCAUCCUGUCGGACCCCGCCACAGCACACCAUUCGUUCCCCACUCUGUUUCCACCGUUGGCUAAGGCUGCCUCGGAUAAGAAGUCGGGCACACGACGUGAGUCGGCUAUGAUCGUCUACGGAGCGUUAUACGAAAGCUUUAUCCCCAAAUCCCCGAUAACGGAGGUCUUGUUAUUGAAGGAGACACUACCCAUUGUUUUGGACGGGUUAGCCGAUAAAGGUGCUGUUGUCCGCGAGGCCUCACAGUAUGCUAUCGACGCCAUGUUGGCGCUUUUGAAGGAGGAGGCGUUAGUUGUUGGUCUUGUUCGGGUGCUCAUGACAUAUGUCAAGGGUUCUGGCUCCAAGUGGCAGGGCAGAGUGGCAGCGCUACAGUUGAUUGGAAGAGUUGCGGAAAAGGCUGUUACAAGAGACGGCUUUCUUAAAGAAGUCAUGGGCCGGGAAUUGGAGACUUUGAUUCCUGUUGUGGAAGGCGGCAUGCAUGAUCUUAAGAACGAGGUUUCGAGAGCCGCUGCAAAGGCUAUGACCAGCUUGGCCAAAUUACUAAGCAACGAUGAUGUCGCGAGACACAUCCCGACUUUGAUCAAAACUAUGAGUGACCCAUCAAAGGAGACUUUGCAGAAGGCUAUACAUGAUCUCAGUCAAACUACUUUCAUCGCUGUAGUCACCUCACCAGUCCUGUCUCUUCUGACUCCUCUUCUCGAGCGAUCACUCUCAUCGCCACAGACCUCCCAGGAUGUCCUUCGUCAAACAGUUGUCGUCGUUGAAAAUCUGACAAAGUUAGUUCACGAUCCUGUAGAAGCAAGGGAGUUCCUUCCCCGCCUUCAGCCGGGUGUGAAGAAAAUCGAGGAUACUGCUGCACUUCCGGUCGUUCGCUCGUUGGCCAAAGAUGCGAACGCUACGAUGGUCAAGGCUAUGAAAGUCGGCACUGGGACUGACGUUCCCGAGCGGAUAUCUGUCGACGAAUUCAAACGGAUUUCUGGGUGCAUCACAGUUUAUCUGGAGCAUUUCAUGGCGCAAGACGAUGCCAAGAGGGUUGCGGCUGAGAUUGAACAAUGGGCGAGAGACGAGACACUCAACCGAUUCGGCAAUGGGAUCGGAGAAGUCGAUGAUGAGCACAAACAUGAGGUUGAAAUCGUCAACGCGGAAUUCUCACUCGCCUAUGGUGGGAUGAUGCUUCUAACUCAUACGAAUUUGAGGCUUUUCCAAGGCCACCGAUACGGGCUUUGUGGGAGGAAUGGUGCGGGGAAAUCUACACUCAUGCGUUCUAUUUCUCAGGGAAAGCUUGAAGGAUUCCCUAGCAAAGACGAGCUGAGGACUUGUUUCGUCGAGCACAAAGAACGCGAUGAGCGUGACAUGAGCAUCGUGGGAUACAUCCGCCUUGCGCUCGAGGAAAACGGCGACGGGAAUAUUAGCGACGAGGAGAUUGUUGAGACUUUGAAGAGCGUCGGUUUCGAGGGCGAGCGAGCAGAAAUGAACAUAGGUCAGCUCUCGGGAGGCUGGAAGAUGAAAUUGGGUCUCGCAGAAGCUAUGCUGAAGCGGGCUCAGGUCUUGUUGUUGGACGAGCCGACCAAUCAUUUGGAUGUGAGCAAUGUCCAGUGGUUGCAGGAUUAUCUCAAGUUGCACACGGAAAUAACUAGUUUGAUCGUCUCUCACGAUUCAAAGUUUUUGGACGAGGUUUGCACUGAUAUUAUUCAUUAUGAGAACAAGAAGCUUGUCUACUAUAAGGGCAAUCUUUCUGAAUUUGUCCGGAAGCGGCCGGAGGGUAAGGCGUAUUACUCUCUUGAUGCUUCCAACGUGUCGUUCAAAUUUCCGUCUCCUGGUCUCCUCACUGGCGUUAAGUCGGCCACUCGCAGCAUCAUCAAAAUGACGAAUGUUACUUAUACAUACCCCACCGCUACCAGACCAUCCCUCUACAAUGUCACUACUUCAUUAUCUCUUUCGUCUCGUGUUGCUAUUAUUGGCGGUAACGGUGCUGGGAAAUCGACGCUAGUCAAGCUACUUACGGGUGAAAUGGUUCCGCAGGAGGGAAGGGUUGAGAAACACCCCAAUCUCCGAGUUGGCUACAUGGCACAGCAAUCUCUCCAUCACCUGGUCCAGGAUUUCGACGAUGCCGAAAGCGCGCGAGAGGGUCUUGGGUAUCGUGAUUUGGAUGUGGCAUCUAUUGAGAAGCACUUUGAGGACAUCGGAUUGGACAAGGAGAUCGCAAUGAACAACGAGAUCGGCGGCCUUUCUGGCGGUCAGAAAGUCAAAGUUGUUAUCGCGGCAGCCAUGUGGCCUAAGCCGCAUCUUCUAAUCCUGGAUGAACCGACGAAUUAUCUUGAUCGGGAGUCCCUAGGCGCGUUGGCUACGGCAAUUAAGGAGUUCCGUGGAGGUGUCUGCUUGAUCUCCCACGACGCGCAAUUCGUGUCUCAACUCUCAAACGAGGAAUGGCAUAUUGAAGCUGGGCGGAUGGUUAGGAAGACUAGUAAUGGCAGCAAUAUGAACCUAUCACUUCCUUUGGAUCUUAACUCUCGCCCUGGAAGCUCCGCGGUCAGUCUUUCGAGUUCUACCGUUAGCUCAGCUGCUAAUACCGACGCUGAGGAUAACAAUGGUGAGGGUAUGGAAUUCAAAAGCAUCAAGAGGGGGAAGAAAAAGAAGUAUACCCGUGCUCAGUUGAAGGAGCGAGAGGUCAGGCGAAGGUUAAGGUACUUGGAGUGGUUGAAUAGUCCGAAGGGAACACCAAAGCCGGCCGACACAGAUGACGAGUCUUAAUGAAUGAUGAAGCCUGUUUUUAUGUUUCUACUCCUUUUUGCAACAGGUGGACUAGAAAGGGUUAUAGAUGGUGAAUCAUGUGAUUUGUGUUUUGGUAUCUGCUUUUUGAAUUGUAUUUCCUUUUCGUACGUGGUAAUCAAAAGGCUAGAGUGGGUAGGUAUUCGGUAGUAGAUGUGAUUGCAAGGGAGGGUAUAUUAGGAUUAGGGGGAGAGGAGAAUACAUUUACAUAUAAUUUGCUUCGGGA